UGGCACGUGCAGCAGGGAGAUAUGGCUUUCUAGGGAGGGGUGGUUUUUCUGCCCUCUGUCCCCAGGCUGCAGAGCAGAGCCGGGAGGGGUGGUUUUCCCAGGCCUCUGGGCUUUGCCAGCUGCUGCAUGGGCCUAGAGGGAAUUUUUCCUCCUCUUAUUGCUCCAGGGGUCAGCGGGUUUUUGGGUGCUGGGAUUCAAACCCAGAGGCUCCUGGCUGAAGGGUCUUGCCCCCCAAAUCGGGGUCUGCCCGUUGCUGCCUUGGUUAAAGCCCACGUCAGCUGCCUGAAGGAGGACUUGGAGUUCAUCAUCGCCAACUCCCACGGCAUGGGCGCAGCACUGGGGAUCUGGCUGAUCAUGUGCAUCUACACCCUGCUGGCCCCCUAUGCGACUCUGGCGCUCUGGGCCCACGCAUCCCGCACCACACGCCACCCAUGGCUUCUGGUGGCCAGCGUGGUGGGGGCGCUGCUGGGGGGCCACACCGCUGUGCUGGGCAUCUUCCCCAUCUACACCAUGGUCCACCAGCAGAUGCAAUACAUCCCCAAGGUCAUCCUCAUGACAGAGCAGCUGCGGCUCCUGAUGAAAAGCCACUCAUUCCUGCGGGAGACAGUGCCCAAUCUCCGUGCCCAGACGACCGCUGGGAAGGUGAAGCUGCCGGCCUUGUCCACCUACCUGUACUUUCUGUGCUGCCCCACACUGCUGUACAGGGAGACCUACCCCAGGACCUCUGUCAUCCGCUGGAGAGUCGUGGUGGAGAACUGUGCCAAGUUCCUGGCCUUCGCCUUCUUACUGGCACUCAUCAUGCGCCGUUUGUCCAACCCGGUGUACAUCCACCUGAGCCUGCAGCCCUUCCGCCUCGAGACAUUUGUGCCAGCUAUGUGCAACACCAUCCUGCCUGGCACUGUGAUGCUGUUGAUCUCAUUCUAUGGCAUCCUGCACUGCUGGUUCAACGCCUUCGCUGAGGUGCUGCGCUUUGCCGACAGGGGCUUCUACCAGGACUGGUGGAACGCCACAUCCUUCGCCACCUACUACCGCAAGUGGAACAGCGUGGUCCACGACUGGCUCUACCUCUACAUCUACCAGGACCUGUUCUGGCUCUUCGGAAAGAAGUGGCGGGUGGGCGCCAUGCUGGCCACCUUCCUCCUGUCUGCCAUUGCCCAUGAGUACAUAGUUGGUUUCGGCUUGGGCAUCUUCUACCCCAUCCUCUUCUGCAACUACACCAUCUUCGGAGUGCUCUUCAACUUCGUGCUGAACGACAAGCGCAGGCGCCCGGCAUGGAACGUGGCUGUGUGGGCCUUGCUCUUCGUGGGGCAGGGCCUGCUGGUCGCGCUGUACAGCCUGGAGUACUAUGCCCGUGUCCACUGCCCGCUCCAGGACACCUUCUGGGGGCAGCUGACGCCUUGCUCCUGGUCACGUGCCAUGUGAGGGAGACCGCCAGGCCCUGCUCAGCCGUGGCGUUUCUGGGCACCCUAGCACCGGGCACCGCUCAUUCCUCCAGCUUGGAUCUGCCACCGUCGCCAGCCCCUUGGGCUUGCUCCUGCAUCCUGUGCCCAGCUCCAGGGACUACAGCUCUCUUCGCACUGGACACCACGGGCCUCCAGCCCCUGCCAGCACCCGCUGUGAAGGCUCCCUGCCCCACAGCCUUGCCUGCCCUCUGCUCAGGCAGCUGCCAGUCCCCACUAGACAGGCAGGCCAGUCAGGGCUCCCCUGGCAUCUCCCCACCUACCCAGCCCAGCUCUCCCAGCUCCCAGCCCGACUGGCACAGCACUGAGGCCUGGUUUCUACCCCCUGUACUGGUUCUGCCCCUGCUGUGGGCAGGGCCUCGUUGGCACGAUGCCGCCUUGUCGCUCUGUAUGGGAGACCUGUGCCCCGCAGCACCUGCUACCAGUAAAGCAACAUUUGCACGAGGGUGUCUGUGCACCAUUGCUCCAGCUGGUGCAUCCAUGACGCAUUACUGCUGUAGCUAAAGGAGUGGGAGGGCAGGGGGUUAUGGCCGUGAAGAGCCACCUGCCUUGCCCACCCCCAUGCACCUCUGUUUCCCUGUAUGCAAAGCCAGCCCGGCUGCUGCCUCUUGCCGGGGCGGGCAUUCAUCCAGCAGCAAAUGUGGUGCCCAGGGGUGCGGGUUAUCCUCAAAGGCCCCGCGCUGGCCAGUUACCAGCAAACUUCCUCAGGGAUUGCCCUCCUCCAGGGGGGACUCCCACUCUGGGGGAUAAUACCUGCUCCACGAGUGACCUUCUUCCCGCUGCAGGGAUAAAGCCCCACUCCAGAGUCCCGCUCCAGGGACCCCUCCCUCCCCCUGAC